AUGCGCCGCUUCCUCCAAGCCCUCCGCCCGCUCCAAACCCUAUCCCUCAACCCUGCUCCCGGUAUCCCCACCCCUCUCCGCCUCCUCUCCACCUCCUCGGCGGCCGCGUCCUCGGACUCUGACUCCGCCGCUGCCCCCGCCGAGCCCCCGGCCCCCGCUGCCGAUGCCGACUUCGACAGCGCCGAGUACGCCCUCCCGACCCCGGGCCCCGCCCCCUCCCGAAAAAUCAACAACCCCGCCGCCGCGCUGAGGAAGCUCCGGUUCGACCCCUCCCUCCGCGCGCGCGCCGACGAGGCGCUCUUCGGUAAGGGGAUGGGCGCGUCGGCCGUUGAGGAGGAGGACGAGGACCGCUCGCGGGACGUGGCGCUCGCGCUGCUCGAUGCGGCGAUGGAGCCGCCCGACGAGGAUGAAGAGGAUUUCGGGGAGGUCAGGGAAGAAGACCAGAUGUCGCUUUCCGUUGGCAUUGUCGGCGCGCCCAACGCCGGCAAGUCGUCGCUCACAAAUACCAUGGUUGGGACAAAAGUGGCUGCAGUCUCCCGCAAGACAAAUACUACAACUCACGAAAUUUUGGGGGUGCUAACAAAAGGGAACACACAGAUAUGCUUUUUUGACACUCCAGGGCUCAUGUUAGGGCACCAUGGAUUUCCUUAUAGGGAUGUCACAGUUCGUGUGGAGAGUGCCUGGAGCUCAAUUAACCUCUAUGAUUUACUAAUAGUCAUGUUCGAUGUCAAUAGACAUCUUACUCUGCCUGAUUCACGUGUUAUAAAAUUAAUCAAACGUUUGGGUACGGAGGUGAACCCAAACCAGAGGCGUAUAUUGUGCAUGAAUAAGGUUGACCUGGUGGCAGACAAGAAGGACCUCCUUAAAGUUGCAAAAGAAUUUGAAGAUCUUCCUGGAUAUGAAAGGUACUUCAUGGUAUCUGGGCUAAAAGGCAAGGGAGUGAAAGACCUUGUACAGUACUUGAUGGACCAGGCAGUAAGAAGACCUUGGGAUGAAGAACCAACUGUAAUGACUGAAGAGGUAAUGAAAACCAUAUCAUUGGAGGUUGUGCGGGAGAAGAUGCUGCAUCACAUCCACCAAGAAAUCCCCUAUGUAAUUGAGCAUCGUCUGAUGGGUUGGAAGGAACUAAAAGAUGGUUCUCUUAGGGUGGAGCAGCACUUCAUUGCACCAAAGCAAAGCCAACGUCAGAUUCUUGUUGGUAAAAAUGGCUCUAAGAUAGGAACUAUUCCUGAUGUCUUGACAUAUCUGAUACGGGACAAAUCUGUCAGGAGAAUCGGUAUUGAAGCCAAUGAAGAACUGAGGUCCAUAUUCAAGAGAGAUGUCCAUCUAAUUCUCCAAGUUAGAGUCGCGAAAAAGAGAAAUGCUUGA